AUGUCAUCGCAAGAACAUAAACCUGAAUAUGAUUCGAGUGGUAAAGAAGUGAAUCCUUAUAUUCCGAAAUUUAUUUCGGCUGUCCCUUGGUAUCAUAAUAAACUGAAUGAUGAGAAAAGCGAUGAUUAUUUAUCUCAUCAAAGGUCUAACGUAGCCGAUGAGGCCAAAGAUCAUAGUAUACCACAACCUGGAAGUGGUAUCAAUGAUGAAUUUGAGAUAAAAGGUGAAACGGAAAUUAAAAAGGUGGAAGAUUAUGACUCCAAAAGGGAUAGAUGGCAUGGUUAUGAAGCACAAGAAUGGGAUAAGAUAGCUGAAAACUGGGAUAAAAUAAAGAAUAAGAAACAAAAAAUGAAGAAUGCUGAUGUGGAGGAAGACAGCGAUGAUACGGAUUAUGAGCUUGAGCUAAUAGAGCUCGGAUUAGACCAGAAAGAUAUUAAAGAUAAUUUAAAAGAAGAUCCUUUAGAAAAGACGAUAAGAGAUAGACAAGACGUACCGGCAUACAUUUUGAACAUCACAUCAUCAAAUAAAAUACAUUAUGAUCCAAAGUCGAGGUUGACAAAGGAUCCAUCAAAGGGAUUUAUAAACGACAAAAAUCAAUUCGUGAAGAAAUUGACUGGAGAAGCGAAACGAUUGGAUAAUUUACAAAGGUUCGCGUGGGAGCAGAAUAGACAACAACAAGAAAUGAAACAAAGGGAAGCGUUCGAACAGAAGUUGACAGGCAAGAAAAAUUCAGAAGAUGGAUCUGAUGAAUAUCAUGUAGAUUUGAAUUUAAAUAUGGAGGCUAAUCCUACAGCGAUGAUGCUUCAGGCUAGACAUCAGCAAGAAAAGCAAAAAGCAUCCCAUGAUCAGAAAAAAAGUGACUUAGUGGCUAAAUAUGGAGGAGGAGAGUUUUUAAACAAAUCAAACGAAUUUGUCAAUGUUACCGAGCUGAUUGAAACAACCGAGAAACCUGUAAAUAAGGAUAAAGAUGGAUUGAAGAGAUCGAUAUACCCCGAGGACAAUUACUUUAUGAAUCAUCAGAGUAUAUGGGGUAGCUACUAUUCUGAUGGACAAUGGGGCUAUGAUUGCUGCAAACAAACUACUCGAAAUUCUCGAUGCACGAUCAACUAG